AUGCCCGUGGACCUGGCCGUGCGGCUCUGCCUGAGCCAUUCGCCCCCCAUCUGCAAGCUGCUCAACUCCUACGAGGAGCUGCGAGGCAACCGGGGGCACAAACCCCUCCGCUCCUGCCUCAACCAGAAGCUGAAAGCAGAACCCGAGCCUGAGCGGCGAGACAACACCAAGAGCUCCAGGGGCCAGAAGAAGAAGAGGGUCGUGUUUGCUGACAUGAAGGGGCUCUCGCUGACGGCUGUCCGCUUCUUCUCAAAGAUCGAGGAGGACCUCUGUGACUUGCAGCAUGCCCUGUCUGACCUGGCCUCCUUCCGACCCAGGCCACGGGACGCACGCCCAGAAGCCUGCAGGUAUGUGCUGGACUUCCCACAGCCCUCUGCAGACUACAGGACUUUCCGCAGCCGCCUGCACAGCAACCUGGUCUGCCUGGAGAGCUGCUUGAUCCAGGACCGUGUCCUGUCUGGGACGGUGAAGGUCAGAAACAUCGAGUACGAGAAGCAAGUGAUGGUCCGCAUCAGCUUCGACGGCUGGAAGAGCUUCCGAGACGUCUCCUGCCAGUACAUGCACAGCACCUAUGGCUCAGCUGACACAGACAUCUUCUCUUUCGAGCUUGUCCUGCCCAAGCCAUCGCUCUCCUGCAGAGCCACCGAGUUCUGCAUCUCCUUCCACUGUGGACAGAAGAUCCACUGGGACAACAACCAAGGGAGGAACUACAGGAUCUGCCACAUGGGCACGGCCCACCCUCCUUCUCAUGCUGUGAAGAGUGCCAGUGGGGCGUGGGAGCAUCUUGGCACCUCUCGGGCUGCUGCCCUGGUCCUGUCUCGCCUGCAGACCUGGCGGCGGUCGGAGGCCCGGGCUCCCUAUUGGUAGGAAAGCAGCCUGUAGAAGAGGUGUGAAUCCCUUGCACACCCUGGCUGUGCGGCAGGGAUCUCGGGGGAGGGGUCAGCUACAGAAGAUGAUGCUGAGAGCUUCUUUAGCGCUGGUGGCUGCUGCUGUGCAAGCAGCUGCUCGCCUCUGCUGAAGCCUCUUCACUGCUGUUGCCAGGCACAGUCUGGAAGCUGCUAGUUGGUAUAACUCCUGCCUGUGGGUUCUCAAAGCGGUGCAGUCACCAGGGUAGGGGAGUGAGAGCCCGUGGACCGCGUCCCUAUCCGUUGGCUGCAUGGGAUGGGAGCUGCCGUGCGAACCGCGGAGUCCCGGUGCUGGCCAAGUGCCUUGUGCAGAGCUGCUGCGGCAGGGUCCUGCUGCACUGCUACCCACGGUGCUGCAGCCGUGGCAUGGCAGCCCACCAGUGAAUCUGCCCAGCCGAGCGCCUCUGGCCCCAGGAGGGCUCUCCGCGGGGGAAGGGAGCGCGCAAGCCAGCGGGCUGGGCGCAGCGGGGGCGCCUCGGUCGUUCGUGCUGUAACGGGGAGUUAAUAAAGUGGCAGCUCUUUGUGA